AUGAAGCUCUUUUGCCUCCUGGGGCUGGUGGUAGUGUCUCUGGCUGGGCCAGCCACACAGCGAUUCGAUGGACACAAAGUCUUUCGGGUGAAGCCUGCAACCGAGCAGGCAGUGCGUUUUGUGAAGAGCUUGGCUGAUGUUCCAAAGCUGGAUCUGUGGCAGCCUGACUCCCUGGAUCAAGUGGUUGUGGGCAUCAAUGUGGAUUUCCGAGUGGGAGCGGAGCAAGUUGCCGAGGUGCAGGGUCUCCUAGAGCGGAGUGGACUGCAAUACCAGGUUUUGAUCAAAGAUCUUCAGACGGCGAUUGAUGAACAAUUUGACAACGGGGAUCGUGCCUCCUAUCAGCACAGUUAUGUCAAGUACAAUUCCAUAGAAACAAUUAACCAAUGGAUGGCGACAAUAGUUGCCCAAAACUCAGACAUGAUGUCUUACUCCACAAUUGGUUCCAGCUACGAGGGGCGACCUCUGCAUGUCAUCAAGAUCGGUAAGAAGACGGGAUCAGUGAAACCAGCGAUCUUCAUGGACUGUGGCAUCCACGCCAGAGAGUGGAUCUCCCCCGCAUUCUGUCAGUGGUUUGUGAACGAGGCUGUGUCCACCUAUGGAUCAGAUCCCACAAUGACCGACCUUCUCAACACCAUGGACUUCCUCGUUGUCCCAGUCAUCAACGUUGAUGGUUACUCGUAUACCUGGACUAAUGACCGAAUGUGGAGAAAGACCCGUUCUCGGAACCCUGGGACUAAUUGUCGGGGAACUGAUCCCAACAGAAACUGGAACGCAGGAUGGUGUGAGAUCGGGGCCUCCAAGAACCCCUGCUCAGAGACGUACUGCGGCCCCGUAGUAGAGUCUGAGAAAGUAGUCAAGGCUGUGGCUGAUUACAUUCGUAGCCAGCGUUCAGUCAUCAAGGCUUACCUCACCAUGCACUCCUACUCUCAGAUGUGCCUCUUCCCAUAUUCCUACACCUACAAUCUGGCAGCCAACCAUGAAGAGCUGAAUAGCAUAGCUCUGACUGCGAUCAACAAACUGGGCAGCAUGUACGGGACACAGUAUGUGUACGGUCCUGGAGCAGUGACUAUCUAUCCAGCAGCUGGGGGUUCGGAUGACUGGGCUUACGAUGAGGGCAUUAAAUACGCCUUUACCUUUGAACUGCGGGACACCGGCAGAUAUGGGUUCCUUUUGCCUGAAUCUCAGAUCAAACCAACUUGUGAAGAAACCAUGUUGGCGAUUAAAUAUAUUUCCCAAUAUGUCAGCGAGCACCUGUACUGAAAUACAACAAUGUA